UGGUGCAAAUGAGGAAGUGGAUGGGGCUAUAUUGGAAGUACCUAAUGUAGUUGUACGUUCAGCUGGACGACGGACCAGAGCCAGUGGAACUGGUGGUGGGGACGGUGGUGGCGCGACAGAUGACUGUCCACGUCGACCUACUGCUGACGAACUAGAUGAAGAGGGCCUAAAAUAUGGAGCUCAGCAUGUUAUUAAAUUGUUCGUGCCCGUAUCCCUAUGUAUGCUUGUUGUUGUGGCUACUAUAAAUGCAGUGAGCUUCUACUCUUCAACAGAUGUUUAUCUCUUGUAUACACCUUUCCAUGAAUUAUCGCCUGAUCCUGGCGUUAAAUUCUGGAACGCUUUGGCCAACUCUAUGAUUCUCAUGGGUGUAGUUGUAGCAAUGACUAUUUUGUUGAUUGUUCUGUACAAAAAACGCUGCUACAAAAUCAUACAUGGUUGGCUUAUCCUCUCUUCAUUCAUGCUGCUAUUUAUUUUCAGUUAUCUCUAUCUUGAGGAGUUGCUACGCGCUUAUAAUAUUCCAAUGGAUUACCCCACAACGAUAAUGAUACUUUGGAAUUUCGGUGUCGUCGGAAUGAUGGCCAUACAUUGGCAAGGUCCUUUGCGUUUACAACAGGGAUAUCUAAUUUUUGUUGCUGCAUUAAUGGCACUGGUUUUUAUUAAAUAUCUGCCGGAAUGGACGGCGUGGGCUGUGUUGGCAGCGAUAUCAGUAUGGGAUUUGAUUGCUGUCCUCGCACCGAAGGGACCUCUGCGCAUUUUAGUGGAGACAGCUCAAGAACGCAAUGAACAAAUAUUUCCUGCUUUAAUUUAUUCUUCCACUGUUAUGUACACAGUGAUG